GAACAUCCAUUGGGAUAGAGCUGAGAUCUCCGCCCCCCUCCGCCCCCUCGACGUCUUUCCUCUCUCCAUCCUCUCCCACCAUUUCCAGUCUUCUUUUCCCAAUCGCCUCCAGUCCAGUCCUCGCCCUCUCCCUAGAACGUAGUAGCAGCAGCAUCGUUAGUGCACCCGGCUGGCGGCCAUGACGGUUCUACCCCUCUGAAUCGACCUGCCUCCAAGACCGCUUCCUCCCUCCGCUUGACAGCUACGAUGAAAUUCCUUCUUGGCAAAAUCCGGAAGUCGGCGAAUAUGCCAGGAGGCGGAAAGGUCGAUAUCGUCAGUCGCCUACCUUUUGAAUUGCACAUUCUCGUCCUUUCUCAUCUCGAGCCUCAAGACAUAGACGCUGGCCUAAGCGCAUCCCACCGCUGGCGAAACAUCUGGCUGAGCGGCGAAAUAUGGCCUAGGCUCGCCGAUAUAUGGUUCCCAGGUCUAAAAGACUACAUCCACGGGUCUGUAGCCGAUGAGAAGUCCGCUGGUGACAUGUUCCGGCGCACGCUGCACAAGGUCCAGAAGAGGGUGGGUGGCAGGUUUGCAUCCGCUCUGCGCAGCGAGAUGCGCCUGGGGUCCGACCAAUUCACCUUGAACAAGAGCGUCUCCGUCAAGCAGGGCGGCGUUCAUUCAUACGCCGAUGUCGAUGGGCUCGAACCCGAGUUUGGCCAACAUUUCCCCUACUUCAUGCUGUACAACAAUGGCCGGCUGGCCUGGUGGCCCGAGGUGAAGAUGCUUCCCUAUUUUGCCGUCGUGGACGACUUGCGUACGAGAGAGCGCCGCGCCUACUUGUUCCCCGGCCAUCGGGGUCAGACCGAAGGCUUCAAAACCACCAUGGGGGACAAGCUCUUCCUCAUGGGCCAUGGGAGGACACUGCACGCCUGGCAUCUCGAGAAGGACCGACUUUGCUCUAUCGAAAUCCCGCAAGAGUUUCAUCGGUGCAGUGCCGAGGGGGAAACCGUUCUAAUCGUUGCGAGGAAUGCGCAACUCUUUCUAUGGAACUUCGGGCACGAGCUACAGCACGUUGCUGUAGCCGAUUUUGGCCGCUUCAAGAGGGGCCCGCUCGGGUCACGGCAGUCUAGCAACAUACUUUCGGAACAGUACUUUCUUCGGAGUGCCGGUACGCGCCUGGUCGAAGACGGCACCCAGUUAGAAUUCAUCGUCUCUCCAACGGAACGUAAUGUCUUCUUUGUCGUCACCUUUAGCCAGUCGCCCGCGUACGAGCUCCAGGUGCACGAAAUACGUAACGGUGAGCUUUGCGGGACGUAUACACUAGAUAAGAGUGAGUGGUCCGUCUUCGGUAUGUCGCCUAUGACGACGGGAUUCCGCCAGGAAAAGGCCGAUUCGUACGGCGGAUACAGUUUGCUACAUGCUAUAUUCGAACCUCCUCGAGGCAUUCUGGAUACAAACGGACUUGGCUGGGAUUCGACCCGUCACAAGACCACUUGCGAUGCCCAGAGCAGUAGCCUUAGAUCUGUGUGCUUCAACAUCUACACGAAGUCCUUCACCGUCCUUCAUUGCCAUAACAUCCUGUGCUACACGCCUCCGAACCCGUUCCAAAUCUGGAACGGUCGAAUAAUCGUAAGCGAUGCCGAUAGCUCGGGAGACCCGGUCGUGUCCUUGCGUGCUUGCGCUGGCGUCGCCUAUCCGCCCGUCGACCCGCCUCCGACCCGUCUCUACACGACGAUACCUAGUGGGCAAGGCGAUCUCAUGCGACGGUGUAAAGUCCCCCCCCAGAGGCACCGGCUCGGCACCGAAUUUGCCGAUGCCGACUUCGCUCUCGAUCCUUGCCAGCGCUUUCUCGGCGAGCUUGCUCAGAGCAACGGCAUCGGGCUCCCCAGGAUCGUUGGCGACGGCGAGUUCCUGAUCCUAGUUACGGAGCCGUCGUACAUAGCCUGGAGUUUCGGGGGCGAACUCGGCGGCGAGCCGGCGGCUAACGGUCGUCGCAUCCGGUGGAAGAGUCUAAUCCGCUGAAUGUCGCGCUUCGGGGACGUGUGACGGAACGGAAUAUAUCACCCGUCCCCUGGGCUGUAACUCAUCGUUUCGUGGAGGAAAAUACACGUGUAUUUUCCCAUCU